AUGAUCCCGCUGUUGGUUCGCCGCUACGCCAUGGAUUUUAUGAAGAAAGAUACCGUCCUCAACCUUGCAAAUAUUCGUAACGCUCUUGUGCGCAUGGAGGACACAAUUGUGUUUGCGUUGAUCGAGCGGUCGCAGUUCUUUUCGCUGCCGCUGGUGUACCAACGGAACAAGUUCAACAUCCCCGACUUCGACGGCACCUUCUUGGAAUGGACAUUAUUGCAACAAGAAAAAGCUCACUCACAGAUUCGUCGUUUCGAAGCUCCCGACGAAACCCCUUUCUUCCCCGACCAGAUUUUACCCCCGAUCUUGCCUCCGAUUAACUAUCCCAAGGUGUUAGCGAAUUACUCGGACGAGGUCAACGCCAACAACGAAAUUAUGGACUUUUACAUCAACGAUAUCGUCCCCCAAAUUGCCGCCGCUGAAGGUGAACAGCCAGAAAACCUAGGGUCGGUGGCUUGUUGUGACAUCGAAUGUCUCCAGGCGAUUUCGCGGCGGAUCCAUUUCGGCAAAAUGGUGGCUGAAGCCAAAUUUCAAGGCGACCGCGAGUUAUACACUAAACUAAUCAAGGCUCAGGACGCUAAGGGGAUUGAGGAGUCGAUCACCAACCUGGCAGUGGAGGCGAAGAUUCUUGAGCGGUUGAUCGAAAAGGGUAAGUCUUACGGGACGGACCCUUCCCUCAAAUACUCGCAAAACCCCCAACUGAAGGUUGAUCCCGAGGUGAUCGCUAAGCUUUACAAGGACUGGAUCAUUCCGUUGACGAAAAAGGUUGAGGUGGAUUAUUUAUUGCGCCGGUUAGAAGACGCGGACUAG